AGAACGGUGACGCAGCAAGAGCUCCGGCUGGUGUUUGGCCUCACGCGUCGGAACUGGUCAUCGUGAUUGGACCUUGGUCAGCCCACUGUCCAAUCGCCACGCUUGGGAGGCUGGGCCACAGCCAAUUGAGCAGGGGAACGGGUGAGUGAGCAGGGGAAGGACGGAAGCCCGGAGACUCCUUGAUGGCGGACAGUGAGGUGGGGGUGCGGCAGGACCCGCUCCCCAGGCCGGAGCAGCCUUACCAGUGCCUGGAGUGCGGCAAGGCCUUCAAGUGGUCAUCGCGAUUGGCCCACCACCAGCGCAGUCACACUGGUGAGCGGCCUUACAAGUGCUCUGAGUGUGGCAAGGCCUUCAAGGGGUCAUCGGCUCUGCUCUACCACCAGCGGGGCCACACUGGCGAGCGCCCCUACAAGUGCCAGGAGUGUGGCAAGGCCUUCAAGCGCUCGUCACUGCUUGCAGUCCAUCAAAGUGUGCACACGGGGCUGCGGGCAUUCCAGUGCACCCUGUGCCCGCUGGCCUUCAAGUGGUCCUCCCACUACCAGUACCACCUCCGCCAGCACUCUGGGGAGCGGCCCUAUGCCUGCGGCGAGUGUGGCAAGGCCUUCAAGAACUCGUCCAGUCUCUCCCGGCACCGGCACGUCCACACCGGUGAAAGGCCCUACCCCUGCCCGCUCUGCGGCAAGGCCUUCGCCCAGUCUGCCAACCUUCGUCAGCACCAGCGCACUCACACCGGCGAGCGGCCGUACCGCUGCCCUGACUGUGGUCGAGCCUUCACUCACUCCUCCAACCUCCUGCUGCACCGCCGCACUCACUCGUCUCAGCGGGCCCAAUCGCCACCCCGGCGGACCCAACCCCACGUUUUCCCUGAACCUCCCCCUCCUGCUCACCCCACUCCAGCUGACCCGUCCACCCCCAUUUCACCUCCCCAUCCGCCACCUUCUGCUGCAGGAGAGGACCAACUCUCUCUUGUCCCGACGUGUUCUCCGGAGGGGGGCCGGACUCUCGAGGAGGAAGAUGUGGGGGCAGAAGAAGAGGAUGAAGGGGAGGAGGGGGGAGGGUCAGCCCCCUAUCAGUGUGGCCUUUGCGAACGGGCAUUCUCCCGGCUUCCCGCCCUCCUGGCCCACCAGCGGGUGCACACUGGUGAGCCCCCUUUGGCUGGGGCUGAAGCUGAAGUCACCUGCACUGCCUACCUCCCCUCCUCCUCCUCCUCCUCCUCCACUGCCGAUGAGACCCCCAUCUCAGCUCCCCCACAGCCACAGCCCCCUUCCUCUGGUGAGCGGCCCUAUAAGUGCCCGGAGUGUGGCAAGGCAUUCCGGGGUUCUUCAGGCCUGCGUUAUCACUUAAGGGGCCACACUGGCGAGCGCCCCUAUGAGUGUCAGGAGUGUGGCAAGGCCUUCAAGCGUUCCUCACUGUUGGCAGUCCACCAGCGGGUCCACACGGGGCUGCGGGCAUUCCAGUGCACCCUGUGCCCGCUGGCCUUCAAGUGGUCCUCUCACUACCAGUACCACCUCCGCCAGCACUCUGGGGAGCGGCCCUACGCCUGCGGCGAGUGUGGCAAGGCCUUCAAGAACUCGUCCAGUCUUUCCCGGCACCGGCACGUCCACACCGGUGAAAGGCCCUACCCCUGCCCGCUCUGUGGCAAGGCCUUUGCCCAGUCCUCUAACCUUCGUCAGCACCAGCGCACUCACACCGGCGAGCGGCCGUACCGCUGCCCUGACUGUGGUCGAGCCUUCACUCACUCCUCUAACCUCCUGCUGCACCGUCGCACUCACUCCGCUGAGCGCCCUUAUGUCUGCGGUGCCUGUGGCAAGUCCUUUGUCAUGGCCUCCUAUCUUCAACGCCAUCUCCGCACCCACGCCCCGGGACCGCCAGCGGUGGCCAGUGGUUCUGCUGCUGCCCCAUCUGUCGAACCAGCCGCACAGGCCCUGCCUAACAUCCAGACCCUGCAGACAAUCCAGACGUUGCAGGGGGUGCCAGCUGUGCAGAUCAUCCACACUGUUCAGGCCCUCCCCACCAUCCAGCUAGUGCAGACAUUCUGAGAAGGGGGUCACCCCCCCCUACCCUCAGGUGGGGGGAAUCAUCCCUUUGCCAGUGCCCUGCUUCAGAUGUUGGAAGGAGAUGCAGGUUGUCCCGAUGUUGCAUUGCCUGGCGUCUGUCACGAGGAGAUGUGCAGGUCGUUUAAACCACGAGAUUCAUCUUGGAGUUGAAGUGAUGGCUUUCUACCACCAGGAGGAGCUUUGGAGCUAUCUCGAUGUUGUAGUGACUUGUUUCUACCACUAGGGGCACUGUGGCAAUGCGUCAUUGUUGCAGUAUGUUGCAUCCACCAACAGGAGGGGCUUUGAAGCUGUUUCCACCCCCGGUGGGCUCCACUGCAGUCAUUUCUGGUUUGUGUUGCUUGGCUUCCACCAUCUAGAAGCACUUUGGGGAUACGGUUGUAGUUGCCUUUUUGAAACAUUGGAAGGCACCACUGGAGUCAUCUGUGGAUUGUAUUCGUGGAUUUCCACCUCCGAAAGGGCCUUGAAGUGACUUUCUUCCCCAGUGAGAGGGUGUGGCAGAGAUGAUUCGAUGCUGCACUGCCUAGCAUCCUGUUUCCACCACCGGAGGGCUACACUGGAUUUCCCUUUCAAACACCAGGAGGUUCUUUGGAGUCUUCUUGGCAUUGUACUGACUUGAAUUCACAGUUGUAGGAAGGAAUGGAGGCACUUGGGUGUUGCAUUGCUGAACUUUAUCACCAGGAGGUGGGGGGGGGGCGGUUGCUAAGGGACACCAUUUGACGUUGCAGUCAUCUUUUUCCAGCAUUGGCAGUUCAGUGGACUCAGUGGGGGCGGGGGGGAUGUGGAGAGCUGUUUGCGUUGGUCACUGCCCACAGCCAGCGAGGCAGUGCAGAGCCAUCCCAUCCUUUGCAGUGACCUAGGUUUGCAUUGCUGGGGAGGGAGGAGGGUGAAAUUUAUUUUCUGGCCUGUGCUGCCAGGGUGUGACCCAUUUGUGUUGGCAGGAUGGAGCUGCGGAGUUUGUGGUGAUGCAUUGACCAGCCUCUUACUGCCAGGGUGGCAGUGUGGGGCACAGCAGUGGACCGCUGCAGUAACCCUGGCAGGGGGAGCUGGUUGCAGGGCGACAGCACACUCUUUUCCCCACCAAGAGUCAUUGCAGUGGGGGUGGGGGUGGGGAGGCAUGCUGGGUGGAAAAUUUAAGGGAUAUGCUUGGGACAGCAGAUAACCCUGUGUGUGUGUGUGUGUGUGUGUAAUAUAUAUAUAUAUAUAUCUAUAUAUAUAUAUAUAUAUAUAUAAAAUAUGCAUGUGUAAAUUUACUAAUUUGAUCCUGUAUAUGUGUGUAAAAAGAAACAGUUAAUCAACGACACAACUGUGUGGGUCCCAGAACUGGCAUGGGGCGGUUCACUUGAGAGGAAAUCACAAGGCUGUGACUGUUAUCAAGAUGGGGGAUCUGGCCUCAUUUUCCUACAGCUCCUGCGGCAACGAGGCAAGCCCCCUUGUACAGAUUGGGCACUUCCUUGUGUCUCGUAAUUUAAUAUCUGUAAAAAAAAAUACUGAAUUCAACACUAGGUACGCAAAAUGAUUUCUUGAACUGGUGUUAAUAAAUAUUCUGCAUGUGGUUACUUUGAAAUUUGUACAUUAACUGCUGACGGGAUGCUAUCAAAUACCAUGGCAUUCACCCUUCCAUGACCUGAAACUUGGAAAGUCCAACACAUUGGUAAUUUCAAGGUUCAAAGUAAAUUUAUUCUUAAAGUACAUGUAUGUCAUAUGCAACCCUGAGGUUCCUUUUUUUUGUGGACAUUCACAGUAAAUAUGAAGAAACACAAC